AUGCAUAAUAUGAAAAAUCGUCGAAAAGAUGUUGUUGAAUUUUAUCAGCAACAAGUAGAAAAAAAACUAUGUCGUGUACUGAAAAAUGAGUAUCUUUUUAGUACUACGUAUCCAGAAGCCUUACCUAGAGUUGUCGUUUUGGAUUGUUGCAGCAUUUUUAAGGCUUCAUGGGUAACUAAUAAAGAUUAUAUAAAUUGUGCUGGUUUACUUACAACAAUAAGAUAUUUUUUGGUUCGAGAUAUUGAUGUUGCUGUCUUCAUGCCAAUUACAUAUUUCAAUAAUGGAAAUAUUACUGUUGAUGAUGGUAAUUUAUUGAUGGAACUUCGUAAAUUUGAUAUUAUAACAUUUAUUCCAUCUAAUAAUUUAUAUCGUGAAAGACCAGCUUAUCUUGGUUAUGAUGAUUUGUAUGUAUUACAUGCUGCAAAAAGAUUUGGUGGAAUGAUUGUUUCAAGUAAUCGUUUUGAUGAAGUAUAUCAAAAGCAACAAUAUAGUCAAUAUCGCAGUAUUAUUAGAAAUCGUCGUUUAAGUUUACAAUUUAUACCAAUGGGAAAAAGUAUCGUUAAAUAUGGAAAAGAUAUUUUUUAUAAAUGUUUUCCAAAAAUAGAAUUAUCAAUAGAAAAUACAGAUUUUCAUUCAAGAAAACAACAAAAUUCAAUGUUUUGUAUGCCAUUUGAUCCGGAUUAUGAAAAAGUUGCAUUUCGUGGAAGAUUUUGGAAUAAGUCAAAAAGACUUGAAAUAAUAAAUGCUAUUGAUAGUAUGCUUAAAAAUUUAGAAAAUCGUUGUUAUAUAUAUGAUUUUGUAUCACCUUUAACUACUUAUAAUCCUUCUACAAGUUAUCUACCACUAAAAGUUUUGAAUGAAAUUGAAUAUAAAAAAACAUUUAUUUCUAAUAUUUCAUACAUUUCUCAACCAAUAGAAAAUUUAUACAAUUUACAAAAAAUGCCUAAUAAUAAGAUACUAACUGUUGUUAAUGAUAAAAAUACUGAUGAUUGUAAUGAAGAAAAACCUAUUGAAUCAUCAUUAUACAAAGCUUAUGGGCAAAAGAAUAUACUUGAGAAUAUAUUAUAUUCAUAUUAA